CCGCCUGCCUCCACCCCCACAGGAAGCAGCAGUUGGCCUUGCUACCAGCAGGGUGACAUCCGCUUUUGCUGUCUCUCUACUCCCCCACUCUUCCUCAGAACCUCUCUGGACCAAAUCCCUUCCAGCCCCCAACCAUGCUCCUUCCAGGCAACAUCCUGCUCCUGCUUUUGCUCCCAGUGGCUGCAGCUCAGAUAGCUCCAGGUUCCUGUUCCGGAUGUGGUCCCCUCCCCCUGCCACUCCUGGCAGGCCUUGUGGCUGCUGAUGCUGUGGUGUCUCUGCUAAUCGUGGUGGUGGUGUUUAUAUGUGCCAGACCACGUGACAGGCCCACCCAAGAUGGCAAAGUCUACAUCAACAUGCCUGGUAGGGGCUGACCUCCUGUAACUGGGACCUCUGACUUCUGGAAUACCCGCAGUAUUUUUCAGAGGUCCUGGAUUGUGCGUGGUGGCACAGGAAACCUAUUCAACGUCAAUAAAGCAACCAAAAUACC